AUCCGUCCGUGGCAGUGCUCUCUCCCAUCCCCACGCUUCCACUCUUCCCCUGAACCGCACGACAACCCACAGCGACUCGUCCAGCAACAAGCAAGCCCAUUCCGUGCGUUGUGCUGGAAACUUCGAACCUUUCGAAUCUUGGGCGCACUGCUGAAUCUUGUCCAAGCGCUGCACUUUUUUCCCGACGACGACGACGACAGAGCGAGUCUGGCCGAUUUGCGCGUCAUAUCCAUCGACGGAUACUCCGAUCACCACCUGCGCCCGAACGAAUUGAUCACAUUCACCGAUACACACACGACGCGCCAUCGCAACCACGGUGACGCAGGACACCGACUGACGCCUGGCAUUGUGAAGGGGCCACGCGUCUGAAACUUCGACGGUCCUUCGACACACAAUAAGCCGUCUUAUUCUACCCAAAGUCUCUCUGCCUAGACGGCGACGCUGUGGAUGGGAGCGCAUUGGGCCAAGAAACGGCCGCGCGAAGGCGCCGACGGUUCCCGAGCCGCUUGAACAGCGAAAAUAUCGAGCGCGAAAACUCGAACAGCAAUGUGCAGUGGCCACAUGCGCAAGAUGACAUCCUUCACGAUGGGACUCCCAUCAAUGCUUGUCCUAGUCCUGUCGACGUUCCUCUCGUCGGUUACAGCGGAGCGGCUUCUCAUGUCUAACUCGCUCAAUGCAUGCCAACAGGACUCUAGCUUCAAAGCUUCCCUCUUCAAUGUUGUAUACACCCCCUCCAACAAUAGCGCGAACAUCCAGAUAAUCGCCACUUCCUCGAUCCAAGGGAAAGUUCUUUUUGACCUCGCAAUAUCCGCCUAUGGCUACCAGGUCCUCCGGCGGACCCUGAACCCCUGCGAGAUGAACCUGCCAGGGCUGUGUCCUAUGGUGGCGGGAAAGAUACCGCUCGGCUUCGCGUUACCCGUCGGAGAAGAGGCCUCGAAACAGAUUCCUGGAAUCGCCUAUAACAUCCCAGACCUUGAUGCCAGAGUCAAAGUCUACGUUAACCUGUCAUCGACCGGGGAGAGCCUCGCUUGCCUAGAGGCUGACAUUUCCAACGGAAAGACAGUCGAUCUUUUAGGAGUGAAAUGGGCCACGGCAAUCAUCGCCGGGCUUGCGCUUAUUUCAUCUGCGAUUGUCAACGGGCUCGGAAAUCCAAACGCCGCGGCUCAUCUUGCCGCCAAUUCGCUAGCUCUUUUCGGCUACUUCCAAGCCCAGGCUAUACUCGGCCUUACGGGUGUCGCGCUUCCUCCAAUCGUUCAGGCCUGGGCGAUGGAUUUCCAAUGGUCGAUGGGCAUCAUCCGCGUGAAAUUCAUGCAGAAAAUAUUUACAUGGUACCAGCGGGCCACGGGGGGUACGCCUGCAACUAUCUUCGACUCGAUCACUACGGUCUCGGUGCAGGUCGCGAAGCGGGCGAUAAAGAGAGCGGCUCCGGUUUCACAGUCGGGUAUAAGUCUUUUCAAUCGAGGUUUAGCAUCAAUGCCUGCGUCCAUCGCCCAACCAGCGGCCAAGCUCCUCAAACGAGGAAACAUCGUGUCCGGUUCCGGCUCCUACCUGGUCUACGGGAUACAGCGGGUCGCGUUCCGGUCAAGAAUCGAGUCGACAAACCUAUUCAUGACGGGUCUUACAUUCUUCUACGUGUUCGUACUAUUAACAGUACUCAUCGUCGCCGCCUUCAAGGGCAUUUUCGACCUCUGCGCCAAAAAGGGCUGGAUUGGAGCGGAAAAGUUCCUCGAGUUCCGGAACGGAUGGCUUACCGUCCUCAAGGGCAUUCUCUUCCGCGUUGUCCUCAUUGGAUUUCCCCAAAUAUGCAUCCUCUGCUUCUGGGAGUUUACGCAAGUGGAUUCGCCCGCCGAAGUUGUCCUCGCAGCUGUUUUCUCCGCGGGCAUGAUUAUCACGCUUGGAUGGGGGGCUAGCAAGGUCAUUCGCAUCGCUCGCCGCUCGAUUGUCUUGCAUCAGAACCCAGCAUAUAUCCUGUUUUCGGACCCGCAAACACUAAACAAAUGGGGGUUCCUCUACAUCCAAUUCCGCGCGUCGGCGUAUUACUUUAUUGCGCCCGUCUUAGGCUAUAUAGUCGUUAAAGCCAUGCUGGUGGCCUUUGCGCAGAACAAUGGCGUCGCCCAGGCCAUCGGGUUUGUUAUUGUCGAGGCUGCUGCGCUGAUAGCAGCCUCCGUCCUUCGUCCUUGGAUGGAUAAAAGCACCAAUUCUUUCAACAUUGCCAUCUGCGCGGUCAAUUUCAUCAAUGCCAUCUUUUUACUGAUCUUUGCCAACAAGUUUGGUGCGCCUCUCAUCGUCGUAGGCGCGGUUGGCGUCGCGCUCUUCAUCCUCAACGCUGCCUUCUCGCUCAUCCUACUCAUCAUGGUGAUAACUUCGACGACUAUUACCCUCUUCCGCAGGAAUCCCGAUUCACGGUAUCAGAUCAUGGCGGACGACCGCGCAUCCUUUAUGAAAUCACAGACCCAACUUAACACCACAACGGAGUUGGAUGCCCUGGCCGCUACCGCUCGUGGCGACAAGACUGGCUACAAUACUGGCUACAAGCACCCGUUGGACUUGGAUGAGGAUGACUUAUCGGUUCGGUCAGAAACAGGGCAUCUCCACGGGCACUCUCACAGCGCCAGGGGGUCCCCGGUACCGUCCCGCCACAGAGGAACCCCAAUGCCUGGCGACAGUGACGGCUCCCUGUUUUCAGCCUGCCAGCGCCCCGAGAGCCCAUUCCACACGGGUUCACCCGGCGCGCGUCCUCGCACUCCAUCAUCGCCCGACAGGGCAGCGAGGUCAAAUCUAAACACCAGUCCCGCGCUUUUGAACCCGCCAAGGAGUCCAAGUUCAUGGCAGCGCGGUGCUGGGUAUGAGCGGGGAUAGUGGCCGCAAUAUUCAAAGCAGCACGAUCCAAUUGGGACAUGGAGCGACAUGACAGAGUUGGCGAUGGAUGACCAUACUUGCAUUGCGUUAUACCAGGCACACGCAUGCAUUGACCGAGGAAUUGCAUGGCCUUGCUAUAACAUGUUAGAUAGCAAGCAUGCCAUUGCGCCAGUACAUGAUCUGGACAUGGAGUGUGAUUGUGAUUGAGUCAGUCUCCAACGUUGGAGGUGCACUUGACUGGUCACUUGAUAGCAUUGCCCUGAAAGUCAAAUGUUCCCCCAGCAUGCUCCUUGAUUGCCACUAGUCGC